UCACCGGGACACAUUAAUCACCGUUCAUCAGGUAUAUCCAGCGCCUCACCCGCAAUUACAACACGACGGACGGUUUUGUUGUUGUUAUUAUUAUUUUUUUAUUUAGUUAAUUAACAAACGUGUAGGCCGUAAAAUUAAUAUUUCUUCUCUUUAUCUGAUAUAAUACUUUUUUUUUUCUUUUUUCUUUUUCUUCUUUUUGUCUGAAAUUUUACUCGGAGAGAGUACCCUGUAUGGUAUAAAUAAUGCCAACUUUAAUCCCAUUUCCGAUAAAACGAUAUUACUUCCAAUUAUAUAAAGUGGCCUUGUCUCUUAACAGAUUGAUCUUAAAACAACAGUAUUCACUUCUCAAUCUUUCUCUUCAGCCAGAGCAAAUGGAUGCUGUCACCCCUAACAUUCUUCUAAACUUUCAGACAAUGACUUAUGCCACCCCUGCAGCUGUUGGUGGUUUGUUCUUCUCCAUGUUCGUUAUGAAAAAGCUGAUCUCCAAUCAAAAGAAAAGACAUGCCAGACUUCCUCCUGUACCAGAAGUACCAGGGUGGCCAGUGAUAGGGAAUUUGCUGCAACUCAAAGAGAAGAAACCCCAUAAGACUUUCAUGAGAUGGGCUGAGACAUAUGGACCUAUUUAUUCGAUUAGAACUGGUGCUUCUACUAUUAUUGUUCUCAAUUCAACUGACGUUGCUAAAGAGGCCAUGGUGACUAGAUAUUCAUCCAUUUCAACAAGAAAGCUAUCAAAAGCCUUGGUAAUCCUUACCCAGGAUAAAUGUAUGGUUGCAACAAGUGAUUAUGAUGAGUUCCACAAGAUGGUGAAACGAUAUUUACUUACAAAUGUACUGGGAGCCAAUGCUCAGAGGCGACAUCGGUGCCACAGGGACACCCUGAUCAAAAAUAUUUCGAGCCGGUUUCAUGCUCAUGUAAAGACCAAUCCUGAACAAACUGUAAAUUUCAGGGAUAUUUUUGAGUCUGAACUUUUUGGACUAUCACUUAAAGAAGCAUUGGGAAAGGAUGUGCAAUCCAUUUAUGUUGAUGAACUUGGGACCACUCUGUCAAGGAAGGAGAUUUUUGAGGUUUUGGUGCUUGACCCAAUGGAAGGGGCAAUUGAUGUGGACUGGAGAGAUUUCUUCCCAUAUUUAAGAUGGGUUCCUAAUAAGAGCUGGGAAAUGAAAAUCCAGCAGAUGCAUUUUCGUAGGAAGGCAGUGAUGGGUGCCCUCAUCAAGGAGCAGAAGAAACGAAUUGCUCUAGGGGAGGAGGUAAAUUGUUAUCUCGAUUUCUUAUCAUCCGAAAGCACACUCACGGAUGAACAAAUCAGAAUGUUGAUCUGGGAGACAAUUGUUGAGACAUCAGAUACGACUAUGGUCGCUACAGAAUGGGCCAUCUACGAACUUGCUAAGAAUCCCAACUGCCAGGAUCUGCUCUAUCGCCAAAUUCAAAAUGUAUGUGGGUCUGAGAAGAUCACAGAGGAACACCUGUCUAAACUGCCAUACUUGAAUGCUGUUUUCCAUGAAACUAUUAGAAAGUACAGUCCUGCUCCAGUUAUACCUCUGCGUUAUGUACAUGAAGAUACAGAAUUAGGGGGAUACUACAUUCCUGCAGGAAGUGAGAUUGCAAUUAAUAUUUAUGGGUGCAACAUGGACAAGAAUCGAUGGGUAAACCCUGAAGAGUGGAAUCCUGAGAGAUUUCUCAACGGAAACUAUGAUUCCGGGGACUUGCAUAAGACAAUGGCUUUUGGAGCCGGAAAGAGGGCUUGUGCAGGUGCUCUUCAAGCAUUAUUAAUAGCCAGUACAUCAAUUGGCAGACUGGUGCAAGAAUUUGAAUGGGGACUGAAAGCUGGAGAGGAAGAAGAUGUUGAUAUUGUUGGACUGACAACUCGCAAGCUUCAUCCAUUGCAUCUCUCCAUAAAGCCAAGAAGACUGUAAGGAGCAACCAGGGCUUUCUUCCAUUUCUCUGUCUCGUGGAAUAUCCCAAUUUAUGUGAAAUGCAUGUGAACGAUUUCCUGAACCAGUUUUAGGACUGAAACAAAAUAAUUUGAAGAAGAAUUAUAAAAUGCGGCCAUUACAACAA